CAUUCCUGCAGAAGCCCCAUCCCACACGGAGGAGGACAGGCUAAGGGACACAUGAAAGGGAGGAAGCAAGGACUGCCUGGCACUGCCCCGGCUGGCCCAGGGGAGGCAGCGAGGGGCUGAGGAUCAUCCCUUCUUUCUUUCCUUCCCUCUCCUGGCAUCCUGGCCAGACGCAGGGCUGACGCUGUGGUCAGAGUCAUGCCGUCCCAGGCUCUGCUGCCCGUCCUGCUUCUGUGUGCGCUGCUGCUGCAGGCCCAGGCAGGCCACAGGAGCCACAGCCGGAAGAGGAUGCAGACUACAUCCAGAAGCAAGUCCUGUAAUAAGAGCUUCAACAUAGAUCAAUGCACCCACCACUGCUCAUAUUUCCAAAAGUGUCAAGAAAAUGAGACAUGCUGUGCUACUCUCUGUGGGAAUAUUUGCCUGAACAUCUUCUGAGUGGGGGAACAGCAGGGCUGUGCAUCUGCCUCUCCAAACCCCUCAAUUCAGAGGCUAUACACAUGUCUGGAGCAGGAGGACCUCAAAUCACAGGCACAAGGACAUCAACAGGAAUGCUGUCCUCCCCACUGUUUGAACUCCUUUUUCCUGUCAAAUAAACCAGAGCAAAUGCCCAGGGUCUCUGGCUUUUUUAUUCCCAGUGCUUGUGAU